GUUGGUCCAGGCGCGUGGACGGAGAGCGCGAGAACAGAGCGCGCGACAGCUUCUUAUCAAAACGUUUUGUAACGUCAGCGUAACGUUAGUUAACGUUAACCUAAAAGAAAAGAAGGAGUAGGAGGAGGAGAAGAAGGGAGGGGGCGGGGCUUUGGAGGGAGAAGCAGCGGCUCGAGCCCGGGAGCGUCGUGACGACGGGACGCUCGCGCUUGACAACAACGGAAUCCGCGCGUGGGGUGAGUGGAGCUGCGUGGAGCUGCGUUAGCCGAGUGUGCUAACAUCUGACUCCAGUUCUCACCCAUGCAGUUGUGUUGGAGAUAAGAUGGAUGACAGGCGUGAAGGAGUGCAGGUUGGAGAGAAUAAGUACAUCAGCAAAAGCAGCAUCCUGUCACACCUGAAGACCUAUAACCUCUACUAUGAAGGACAGAACCUGCAACUCAGGCACAGAGAGGAAGAAGAUGAGUUGAUUGUGGAGGGUCUUCUCAAUAUCUCCUGGGGUUUGCGCCGACCAAUCAGAUUGCAGAUGCAAGAUGACCACGAGCGUAUCAGACCUCCUCCCUCCUCCACAUCCUGGCACUCGGGCUGCAACCUCGACAACCAAAGCCCUGAGGGUCAGAAACAAGCUCCGCCCUCCAUUGAGGUGACAGAACCAGAGAGCCAAUCAGAUAGGAGCAUGACAGGAGAGGAGAAUGAUGAGGAAGAUGGUGUUGACACCUCUUCUCAGCUGCUCAGGACCAAAAGUGAUGCUGGCGUGUUGAGGCGGGGUAACAGGCGGUCUCCUAGCGACCAGAGACGAAUCAGAAGGCACAGAUUCUCCAUCAAUGGCCAUUUCUAUAACCACAAGACGGCUGUGUUUACCCCGGCGUACGGCUCCGUGACCAAUGUGAGGAUAAACAGCUGCAUGACGACGCCGCAGGUGCUGCGUCUGUUACUCAACAAGUUUAAGAUUGAAAACAGUCCAGAUGACUUCGCUCUGUAUCUCGUUCACACCAGCGGAGAGCGGGUUCAGCUGAAGCGAACAGAUCACCCGCUGGUGUUGAGGAUCCUGCAGGGUCCGUGUGAACAGGUCUGCAGAAUCUUCCUCAUGGAACAGGACCUGGGAGAGGAAGUUACAUAUGAUGUGGCACAGUACAUAAAGUUUGAAAUGCCUGUGCUGCAGAGUUUUAUCACCAAACUGAAGGAGGAGGAGGACAGAGAGGUGCAGAAGCUCAAACGAAGAUAUAAGUAUCUGCGGUACAUCAUCGAGAAGCAGUUGCAAUGCGCCCCGGAUGGUUCCACUUGUAUGUGAAGAAGCUCCUACCCCACCAGCACCCGUUCCCCUUAGCACCGACCCGUGUGCUCUUUGUUCGACUGUGAAAGGGCUGCAGACCAGACUGUGUGCACACCAUGCCUGGUUCAUUUGAUCUAUAAAAAACAGCCCAUAAUACUCUAGACUGCCUUUUUCUGCAGCCAUAAUAUGAAGUCCAUAGAGCAGUGGUAGCUAUUGCUGGGUGAAGUGUAUUUGAGUUAGUCAUGGUACUUGGGCACAUGACAUUUGGCAGUAGCUGAUUUUGCUUGAUGUGCUGGAGUUUACAGAGCCCACGCAACCUGUCUGAACCUUCAGUGAGCUGAUAGAACAAAAAUAGUACAAUAAUUUACAGUAACAGAAACUAAAAUACAGGGAAUUUGUUUGAAGAGGUAGUUAACUUCUGACACACUGACCGUUCUCAGUACUUCUGUCUAAUAGUCAUAUUUAUAUUACUGACUGGUGGUUUGUGGCACACAUGCUGGCGCCCCCUAAUGGCACAAGACAUAAAUGCACAUUUGACCAAUAAAUAAAUUCCUGAGAUGUGAGAAAUUCCCUCAUGAUAAGCACAAUAUAAUAGAGGGUUCCUGGUCUGAUCCAGUUGGGUGAGAUUAUGAACAUUCAUAAACUGAUGAAAAAAAGUAGUGAGUUAAGAGGUGUGUGUGUGUAAAUGUGUGUGUGUAAGGAGGCAUAAAGUAGGAAUAAGAGCAGCCACCCUUAUUUUAAAAAAUGUUUAAAAUGUUUGGAUGAACUUUGGGUGUAUCAUUUUUUUAUGUGUGCGAUUGUAUGUAAGUGUGCGUGUGUGUGUAUGUGUGUGUGUGUGUGUGUGUGUGUGUGUGUGUGUGUGUGAUAGCCUGUGUGCCUGUACUGGGAAUUUGAAUGUGCCGCAUGCUCAUCCAUGUAAGAGAGACUGAAUUUUUAAUGUUUUUAUCUUUUUAAAUCAGUUGCUUGUUUUUGUUUACUGGUCUCGGGUUCUGGGAGAACAGCUGAUCCAUCAUGCCUUUAGUUUUGGUUUAUAAUAAAGCUGACAUGAGAAUGAAGAUUAAAAAAGGAGUAAAAAAAAAAGAAAAA